UUUCUAUUGUGCUAGUACUCACUUUUUAUACAGUAAUGAAAUAAUUUUAUUAUCGUGUUGUUAUGUUAUAUUAGUUAUCGACUUAUCGUGUUGUUAUGAUUUUUUUAUGUUGCGUUCGAUUAUAACGCAUUAUUCUGAGAGUUAUACGACUGGAGAAUUCCUGUUCUUCCCUCCUCUGUCCUGCUCUUAGCAAGCAUGACGUUGGCUGUUCUCGUCUUGUGUUGUGCCUUGUUUUCCUUUUCCGAAUCCAGCAGCUCUCCACCAUCCAAUCCCUUUCCCAACGGCAUCGACCUGAGCCAGGAUCAGCAGGAGUUCACUUUCAAGAGCAGCACCUUCAAGCUGUCCAUUCCCGGCGGACCCAGCUUCAUCCUGCCGCCUGGCUAUCAACUUCCGCCCGAUGUCAUGGCGCAACUGCAGGCGCAAGCAGCUCAAAGCAGCAGUGCGGCGCCGCCAGCGCAGGCGCUGCAACCGACGCCGUCCGCUCUGCUUCCGCCACCCGUUACCAAACCGCAGCAGAAACCUCCGAUCCCCACACCGAUUCCACAUGCAGCGCCUGCUCCGAAACCCAAACAUCCGGCCGCUACGGAGUAUUACGGGGAAAGCGGAGGAUAUGCCGGAUACGGUGUGCGUCGCUACGGCGCGGGAAACAGCAACGGACGGAAUGCGCCGCCGGCCCUGGCCAGCAAUGACUACUGAUUCCGACGGAAUUGUUUAUUAAGUUACUAGUACAGUACUUUUCUCUUUCCUUUGUGAAAUUUCUAAGGUGAGCUAUAUCCGGUGAUGCAUGUCGGAAUAAGUCUUGCUAAAAGACUAAGAUGGUCUGAAUUUCUAAUCCAAUGCAUUAACGCAAGUAAAGAAUUUUUUGCCAAAUACUAUGUUGACAAAUAAAUGGAAAUA